UAGUAUAUACCACACAAAGAAAUAUAGAGAAAAGCAAAAGUUGUAAAAUCAGGGAAAGGCUUUUUCCUGACUGACUUAAUCAUUGGACUAAGGUAUUGCUAGUUUCUCCUCACUGUAAAUAAGAAAAAAAUAGGAGUGUAAUUUGGAAGGGAAAAAAAAAGAAGGUUCUCAUUCUUCAAUUGUGUAAAUAGCAACAGUUAAGCCAGUUAGGCCUAAAUACCACUAUUAAAGUGAGAUCAACAGCUCCAGAAGUGAACCAGCAGACAGAUGGCUGGACUUGAAGUGACUGUAGAAGAUAAUGAAGUAUUACUGCCUUUCCAAAGAAAACUGGUUGUAAAGAUGAAGUAAGAAGUUCUACAUGAAGCUCCAUCGCUGUACUCAGAGGCCUACAAAGAUUUAUGAAAAACUCGAUUUGAGUAACCCCACAACUGAAUAUUCAGAAAAAUAUACCCACUUUGAAAAUAUUAAACCUGUGCAACAUCAGUUUCAAGCAUCUGGUGACAAAAUAUCUGAAUGUCUUCCCUGUGCUGCAUAUAAAGAAAAGGUUGAAACACCUGAUGAAUACAAGUCAAAAAUGACGGACCCUGAUUUUGCAACUACCUAUAAGCGGAAUUUUAUUUUUUAUCCAUCAAAACCUGCUGAAACACUGAGGCCUCCGGAAAGACAUCUUAUUAAAAAAGAAAAGAUGGAUACUCUUCCUACCUAUAAAGAUGAUUUCAGACCUUGGACUAUCAAGAAAAGUGAAACUGCUGAACAUCUACCUACCAAGAAAUUUCAGAAUGGCUUAAGUCCUCAAAAACUACGUGCUGGGUCAACUUUUAAACCUUUAAACCUACUCUUUCAUUCUUCUAUUCCCUUUAAUGCUGUUACAAUCCAUAAAUCAUCAUUUGUGCCUUACCAGCUAGAACCCAAAUUUGUAAGACCAAAAGAAGUUUACAAGCCAAACAAUGAGCCCUUUGAUGAUUUAACAACUAACCGUCAUACCUACAAAGGCCUUUUUGGAGAACCUGCAAAAAGUUGUAAACCUACAAUCAUCAGAGUGGAAAAAAGUGCUCCAUUUGUGGAAAACACGGAAUUUCGGGAUAAUUUUCAGGAAAUUCCAUUGCCUAAGGUGCGAAAAUUAACAGAAGAUGCCACCUCAACAAGUCACAUAGAACAAAAUAACAAAAUCCGUCAAGAUCAUGUUUCAACUCUCAUGACUACAGGGGUUCCCAAAAAGCCAGUUUAUUCACGUAUCUCUAAGUUUCCUUUUCAAGGAAGAAGCAUCACAAAAGAGGAUUUCAAAGCAUGGGACAAACCAUGUCGGCUAGAAAUGAUUAAGCCCAAAAAUCAGAUUCCUGCUCCAUCUGGGAAGUUUGACGACUUGACCACGUUUAGAUCUCAUUACAUACCACACGAGUUAAUUCCAACACUGAAUUUCAAACCUGUACCUGUUGUCAUUCACAGCACUGAACCAUUUGAUGAUUCAACAGUAUACUCGACACAAUAUACAGCAAAGAAACAGAAGACAUGCCCAGCUUGCUAUACUUGCCCUCCAGGAUAUGCAUUUGAAAAUACUGAUUCCCAUGGUCACAAAUUAUUCCGCAAGGAUAUUUCUUCAGGGAAGGACUUUUCCCCAUCAAUUGAUAAAGUUUCCAAAUAAAUGGAUUUUGUGAAAUGCUGGGCUGAUGGACUUAUGAGAAUCAAAACAUUUUAACUAGGUGAUAAAGAGAAAAAUCUUUGGAAGAUUGUUCUUAUGAAGGAUUAAUAGUAAAAUGUUUGAACUGGACUUUUUUUUAACCUAAGGAAAUUGAAGAUCAAGAGAGAUCAAUAUAUCUGCUGACAGAAUUGCUUCAACAGGUCUAUGAUUAAAAUAGUAUGACUAUUCUUUCUACCAAAGCUACUCAUAACCCUUCCAUGCCUUAGGAGACAAUUCUUCAUAAGUUGCUAUGUCCCCCAAAAAAUCAACAAGUAAUCACCCUUUUAUUAAUGAGCACUGGCAUAGCUUCCAAAAGCCCAGGAUUACCUCCUUUACUUCAUGAGGCAUUAAAAGUUGGGUACUAAAGAGCCAAAUACAAUUAACAUUGCUAUUUUUAGCCCAUUUUUCUUGACAAUACACUUAAACAAUUUUAGUAUGUGUAUUCCCAAUGUAACUUAUUAUUCUUAACAUACAAAUUGACAACUGAUCCUCAUUCUGUGAUCCUAUAUAAUUAUGACAUUUUUAUGUGUAAAUGAUAUAGCCAGGUAUCCAAUUGUUCAGUUAUGAAUUUCAAUCUGCUUAUAACAGUGUAGUAAUUCAACACAUAGUAAAUGAAACCCAGAUGAAAUUUGGUACAUAAAAUAUGAUAAAUGAUAUAAAUUAUGCUUUUAGAGAUUCAAGCAGUUCAUGAUCAUUCAUAUACUUAUGCUAAUUUAUUAAGCAUUUUUAGAUUUUUUUCCGGUUAUUUUUUCUACAUAAUAUUGCCCCAAUCAAUGUCAUGUUACAAUAAUAAUAACUUAUAUAUCAAAUGUAAGUUAUUUGAUAUAUUUUUUAUUUAUAUUUCAUGAUACAUUUGAUAUAUAGUAGAUGUUUAAUAAAGGAUUGAAUACAGUGUACUUUACAAUAUACAAAGUACUUUACAACAAUCCUGUUAAUUAGGUAGGAUGACUUUUAUUAUUAUUACCAUUUUACAGAUAAAGGUCACAAUUACUGUAUUCUCUCACUUUCCUAUCUUUGCUAAGGCUGUUUUGUAGAACUGAAAUGAUCUCCAUUCCCAUUUUUAUCUUUUGAAUUAACUACUACUGAUUCCCUUACAAAAUGCCAUAUCAUUCAAGAAGUUAACACUGAUUGAACAAAUCGAGCAAUAACCUUUGCUUCUCAACAUUCCUAUAAUACUGUUGUCUAACUCUUUCAUGGAUUAUGGGCCAUUCAUUAGUGUCCUUAUUAUCUUUCUAUAAUACUGCAAUUUCCUUGGGUUUAAGGAGCAUCUCCUUCCCUCCCGCUUUCCCUCCCUCUCCCCCUCCCUUUCCUUUUCCCUUCCCUCUCUCCUCCCCCUCCCUUUCCCUUUCUCCUCCCCUCCCCUUCUUUCCUCCCCCUUCCCUUCCCCUUCUUCUUCUUUUUCUUCUCAGUCAAUUCCAUAAGAGCAACUCAGAUUCACCUCAGCUUUCUUUCUAUGGACUUAAACUGCUCCCUCUCCCUUUUUGUUUUUGUUUUGUUUUUAAGAGGAAAGAGUGAAUAAGUGACAUUAAGGUAUGGUGGAGCUACAUACCAAACAAUCUUAAAUACAAUUCCUGAAAUGCUGUAGUAUUCAUUUUUACUAGAGCUCCAAUUUGUCAUUCUAGAAUAAUUAAUUUAAGGUAUAGAAUUUACAGAGUCUUAAUUAAGGAUUCACUCUCUUAAGGGCAAGAUCAAGUAGGGCAUCAUAGACAAGGAGCAAUGUGCCUCUGGACAAGUCAUUUAGUGUAUUUGAGUCUUGUCUCCUUUCUGUAAAACAGAGAUAUUGUUAUCAGCUCUGAUGACCUCAUCAGGCUGUUUUAAAGGACUAAGAAAGAAAAUGGAAGGGAAAUGUAUAAUUGUACUUCAAGGAUGUCACCAUCACAACAGAUAGCAAUCCCUCUAAAUCAAACCAGGCACUCUAUAGGAGUAGCCAUGGGCAAACCAAUGCCUCAAUUGGUGGGUUCACCUUUCUUGGAUUACUUAAUCUGGCAUACCAUACAUGGAGAGUCCCAUACAUUUUGGUAUGACCUAUCAGAGUUUGUGUUUUGCUUCAUAGAUUUUGAAAAUUCUGAAUUUCGAUUUAAUUCAAUAAACAUUAACUGUCAUUAACAUUUAAUUCAAUAACAUUAAUUGGCUAUGGGCCAGGUACUGUGCUAAAAACUGGGGGAUACAAAAGGAGGCAAAAAACAGUUCCAAAGUAAUUUAAUUCCAAUUUAAAAAAUGCUAAAGAAGUAUUCCCUACAUAAUGAACUUGUUAAUGUAUUGUGUGCUAGGUAAUAGGAAUACAAAGAUAGAUUUUACAUGGACUCCGCUUUCAAGCUACUCAUACUCUCCUAAGAGAACAUCAUAAUUAUCUGUGUGAUUUUUGGACAAUGCAUUUAAUCUCCCUGGACACUGGAUGUUAGAUUUUGCAGGUCUAGGGACCUCUAAGCGGCUCAGUGGAUAUAGUAUCCCACUGGAGUAGAGAAGACUUUAUUUCCUGAAUUCAAAUCCAGCCUCAAACAUGUCUUUGCUGUGUGACCUGGACCAGUCACUGAACCCUGUUUGUUUCAAUUUCCUCAUUUGUGGAACAAACUUUAAAAGGAAAUGGCCAAGCACUCUAAUCUCUUUGCCAGGAAAACCCCCGAUAGGGUCAUGACUCAACAAUAACAGAAAAACCUAGUUGGUCCAAUUUCAAUGAUCAGUCAUCCAAAUAGUGUCACUAAGUGGGAUUUGUCUCCAGGCCCUAUUCAUUGUGCCUCCCUUCUUCUACAAAGGAUCUUUAAAAUGAAGAGUUUGGGCUCAUAGCAGAUCCAUUUCUAAAUGUAUGAUUCUACAAAUUGUGAAAUAAAGGGAGACAGAUGCUAAGGUAAAAUCCAGGCAAAGGACAGGAAUCUGCUGAGGGAGAGAAUCCUGUGACUAAGGGGAGGGGUUCCUUCUUGUUUUCUUACCUUUAGGAUAGGGGUGGACAAUGCUGCCUACUAUCUCCUUUAAAUACAUCACAAAGAUUAUAGAGCAAUGGUGCAAGUUUUCCUUGAUUUCCCAAACAGGACACUUCUGAGCAGAGUCGAAAGAAUGCUUUUGCCUUCCAGAAACUCCAAUGUUGCACAAGAACACGAUUUCCCAGGGAGUAUGGGAGACUAAGCAGUAGAAACAGUCUGCGUGAUGCUGAAGACAAAGCCACGCAGAAUGAAGUGAAGCGUUGAAAGUGUGCAGGACUUGGAACCAAGGGGAAGACCUGGGUUUGUACCUAGCCUUUUGACUCCAACUAGCUAUGUAAUCAUGGGUGAAAGUGCCACAUAAAGCUGCAAAAAUGGGGGUAAUAUCUGUCAGAUUUGGUACAAAGAGGUGUUAUAAAACUCAAAUAAAAAAAUGCAAGAUUUAAAA